CACGGUAGGUAGUCCAGGUGGCGCAAUCAAGGAGCUGCCUGUCGUCUCUAUAUCACCCUGGAAUAUUCAUAGCUGCCUUCCAACAACGUACCACAAACUCCAUUGAGCUAGGAAUAUAAUCAGGAAGUUUUUUAAACAGAAGCCGUAUGAUAUAGCAUCAUUUACGUCGUACCCUAUCGUUGACUACUUAUACCCACAAGCUGUGUACACAAUACGGUGGCAAUCUUUAACUGAGACCUUUCUUAGACCUGCUGAAUAUUAUUAUCUCUGUGUUGGCGACGCUCUACUGAGGAUUCCAGUAUCAAGAUCGUAGAUUCUAUUUGUUGAUUGGGUACAUUCGCCAAGCCCACGAUAUAUUUGCUAUUUAUCAAUGAUGACGACAACCAAGGCAGGUUCCGCGGCCCCAAGGCCUAUAAACGGUGUAUUACCCGUUGGUAAUUACCAGGGUCAACCCGCUCGCAGCUCUUUUAACUCAGCAAGUUUGUACGUAGGUAACCUGCUACCAGAAGUCACCGAGGCCAUGCUGUACGAAGUAUUUAAUGGAAUUGGACCCGUAGCAUCUAUACGUGUCUGUCGUGACAGCCUAACCCGUAAAAGUUUGGGAUACGCCUACGUGAAUUACUACAAUUUCCAGGAUGCUGAAGCUGCCCUAGAAUGCUUGAACUACAUUGAAAUAAAGGGUCAACCCGCACGUAUUAUGUGGAGUGAACGUGACCCAAGUCUUCGCAAGAGUGGUACUGGUAACAUAUUUGUAAAGAAUUUGGACAAGGCCAUUGACACCAAGGCUUUGUACGACACCUUCAGUCACUUUGGCACUAUUCUGUCUUGUAAAGUCGCUAUAGAUUCACUUGGUAACUCCAAGGGUUAUGGAUUUGUGCACUACACUACCGAGGAAAGUGCCAAGGAAGCUAUUGAAAAGGUCAAUGGUAUGCUCAUAGGUAACAGCCAGGUCAGCGUCGCACCAUUCUUGCGCCGUAACGAACGCACUUCUACCGUGGGUGAUGUUUUCACUAACUUAUACGUCCGCAACUUCCCUGACACUUGGACUGAAGAUGACUUGCAUCAAACAUUUAGUAAAUAUGGUGAGAUCACAAGUCUACUAUUAAAAUCGGACGACAAAGGGCGUCGAUUUGCAUUCGUUAACUUUGUGGACACCAACAUGGCUAAGGCCGCCAUGGAAGGUGAGAACGGUGUCAAAUUUGAGUCGGUUGAGGAACCAAUGAUGGUCUGCCAGCAUAUGGAUAAGGCCAGGCGUUAUGCCAUGCUCAAAGCUCAGUACGACUCCAAUGCUCAAGACCAGAGAAACAAAUUCAUGGGUGUGAAUUUGUAUAUAAAGAAUUUGGACGACGAUUUUGAUGACGACGGUCUACGUGACCUAUUCAAGCAAUAUGGUACGGUCACUUCAUCAAAGGUCAUGCGCGACCACAAUGGCGUAAGCCGAGGUUUCGGUUUCGUUUGCUUCUCUCGUCCUGAUGAGGCCACCAAGGCCGUUGCCGGUAUGCAUCUGAAGCUCGUCAAGAACAAGCCGUUGUAUGUUGGCCUUGCCGAGAAGCGCGAGCAGCGUGCUAGCCGUAUGCAACAGCGCAAUCGUCAAAAUGAUAUGAUGCAAUAUGGCGACCGCCCCGGAUAUGUGCCACUAUACCCACCGGAAAUGGUGCCACAGGGGUACUUCAAUCACCAGGUUGGAUUCCGACCAACGGUGCCAGCUCAACCAAUGGGUGUCGGACCCAGAGGUAUGCGGAUGGUUGCUCCUAUGCCAAUGAUGCAUGGGCGCGGUACCGCUUCGCCACAUGCCGCUGCCCAGGGUCGUCGUACACCGGUUAAACAAGUGCCACUCAGUGGAUUCAAGUUCACUGCUCAGGCUCGCAACCGUACUGAGCUGCCCAAUGGCGCUCCAGCUGCAGCAGUUCCCACCCAACGUCCAAUUGACGGUGCCGCGAUGCACAAACAGAUGAUUGGUGAACGUUUGUUCCCAAUCGUAGCUCGUGAAAACCCAGAGCUCGCUGGCAAGAUCACAGGCAUGAUGUUGGAGAUGGACAACCAGGAGCUCAUGGCCCUUUUGGAGAACGAACAACAGCUCAAGGAUAAAAUCCAGGAAGCCAUGCGUGUGUUGAAGCAGGCUUCCUAAAGCUAUGGCAUUAUUUGAUAUAACCACUAGUAGGUUGCACCAAGGUUAAUGGCUAAUGGGCACGUUUGUACGAUGUCGUUCGGCCUGUGGUGUCUAUGUACGGGUGCUCUAAACCUAGCAUAUCGGCGAUGGGCUGAGUUUGGUUCCAGGGAUUCGCUCCUCUCUCCCUAACUUUUGGGCAAUAAUUUGUUACAUCCAUAUU